AUGCCAACAUCCCUCGUCACCGGUGGCACCGGCUUCAUCGCCCUGCACGUUGUGAAGCUCCUGCUCGAGAACGGCGAAAGCGUGCACGCCACGGUGCGGAGUCUCGCGAACACCGCCAAAUGCAAGCCCCUGCUCGACCUCCAGACCCAAUACCCCGGACGGCUGUCCCUAUUUGAAGCUGAUCUCCUGCGGGAAGGCUCGUUCACGUCCGCGAUGCAAAGCUGCCGCGUGGUCUACCACAUCGCCUCGCCAUUCCUGGCGCCCCCGCAAAUCAAGAACGGGAUGAAGGAGUGCGUGGAGCCCGCGCUGCAGGGGACGCGGAAUGUGCUGGAGUCGGUGAACGCCUGCGAGAGUGUGCACCGCGUUGUGCUCACCUCCUCCAUUGCCGCCCUCUACAGCGACAGCAUCGAAGUCACGCAGAUGAAAGACCAGACCCUGUGUGAGGCAUACUGGAACGAAACCGCCAGCCCGACCAACAACCCCUACCAUUACUCCAAAGUCAUCGCCGAGCGCGAGGCCUGGAAGCUCUGCAAGGCACAGAGUCGCUGGGACCUGGUCGUGCUCAACCCGGGGCUUACCCUGGGGCCCCCGCUGACCACCGCCUCCACCUCCGGCAGUCUCUACACGGUCGACAACAUCUUCUCCGGGGCGAACAGGCAGGGCACGCCGGAGCUGUACUACCCGGUGGUUGACGUGCGGGAUGUGGCCGAGGCGCACUGCAAGGCCGGGACGAGCGCGACGGCGAAAGGACGACGGUAUCUGAUUGCGGGCGACCACACGGUGGGGCUGCUGGAAAUGGCGGAGCUGGUGCGGCCCAUCCACCGCGACCCGCGGGUGCUACCGACGCGCAACCUGCCCAAGAUUAUGGUCUACUUGGCCGGGCCGUUUAUCGGAGUGUCGAGGAGUUGGGUGUCGCGGAAUAUUGGGGUGAACUUUAAGGUGGAUAAUGGGCGCAGUGUCAGGGAGCUGGGGAUGGCGUAUAUUCCGGUGGAGAAGGUGGUGAGGGAUCAUUAUGAGGCGUGGUUGGCAUUAAAAGGGGAGCAGUAG